GGGCUCAUGAACGCGCAUUUGACACCAAAUCCUCUAGAUUACUGGACCCCGUGCCUCGCCAAGGGAAAGAAGAUUGUCUUACCAUACCAACGGUGUUUUUAUUCGCUAUAUAUACAUUCAAGUGACAUUGGGGGAUCGAAUAUAACAUUUCAUGGAAUAGAAUUCUUUGGGUCGUUUCUGUAUCUUCUCUGUCUCUGCUCUUUGGUUGAGGAAAGAGCCCUGCCGCUUGCGUUGUCAGGCCAGUGUUGGUUGUUCUGAGGAAAAACAGUAGCUUCCCGUGCUUACUUUGCACUGUGAAAGUCUAUUCUUUGGACGGAAAUACAAUGCCAGGAGACAUCAAAGUGAAUAUUGUUGGUGUAAGAAUCAACAAUAGGCCAUGAUGUCGGUGGAACUUCAUUUUGUUAUGGGAUAACAGGGAUAUCGUUGCCAUAAUAACGGGUUGAUCAUCAAUAAUUUCAGUUGAACAGUAUUUGAAAUAAUUCUGAAUUGUUAUAAUACUGUAACAUAUUGAAUAUGCCACCUCAGAGUCUGCUUGACUCACAAGAACACCAAGGGACCUAAGUAAACACAACAGUUCAAGUCCUAUGCGGUAGAACGCACUGAUGAUCUUCGUGUUGCUGGAUAUUCAUUCCUUUGUCAACUGUCUAUCUGAAGAAGGCAGGCGUGAAAAUGGCAUCCUUUUUCAAUUUCCGUAAAAUCUUUAAAUUGGGUGCUGAGAAGAAGAAGAAACAGUAUGAGCAUGUCCACAGAGACGAGAACCCAGAGGAGAUAUGGGAGAUCAUUGGAGAACUGGGGGAUGGAGCCUUUGGGAAAGUCUAUAAGGCCCAGAACAAGCAAACAGGCAUUCUGGCUGCAGCUAAAGUGAUCGACACCAAGACGGAGGAGGAGCUGGAGGACUACAUGGUAGAGAUCGAUAUCCUGGCCUCCUGCGACCAUCACAACAUAGUGAAGCUGCUGGACGCCUUCUACUACGACGGCAAGCUAUGGAUCCUGAUAGAGUUCUGUGCGGGUGGAGCGGUGGAUGCCGUCAUGCUGGAGCUAGAGAGGCCCCUGACGGAGCCCCAGAUCCGGGUGGUGUGUAAGCAGACCCUCCAGGCCCUCCUCUACCUCCACGACAACAAGGUGAUCCAUAGAGAUCUGAAGGCUGGGAACAUCCUGCUAUCCCUGAACGGAGACGUCAAACUGGCUGACUUUGGUGUGUCGGCCAAAAAUACCAAAACACUACAGAGGAGAGACUCUUUCAUCGGGACGCCAUACUGGAUGGCCCCGGAGGUGGUGAUGUGUGAGACGUUUAAGGACCGUCCGUACGACUACAAGGCUGACAUCUGGUCCCUGGGGGUGACUCUGAUCGAGAUGGCCCAGAUUGAGCCUCCCAACCACGAGAUGAACCCAAUGAGAGUCCUGCUGAAAAUAGCCAAGGCCGAUCCGCCUACCCUGAUGCAGCCGUCGCGCUGGUCUCCCGAGUUCAGUGAUUUCCUAAGAAAGUGUCUCGAUAAGAAUGUGGACAACAGAUGGAAUGUGGCACAACUUCUACAGCAUCCAUUUUUGAGUACUGUGACAGACAGCAGACCGUUGAGGGAGCUGAUCGCUGAAGCAAAGGCUGAGGUUUACGAGGAGAUUGAGGAUCACAAGGAGGAAGAGGAGGAGGAGGAUGGCGAGACACAACGGGGUCACAAACGUGCGCCGUCCGAUGCCAGUGUUGCCAGCACGGAGGAUGAGAAACUCCCUCAGUCUCCCUCAGCCUCCAUCCUGGAGUCUUUACCGGAGAAGGUUGAACCGGUUAUCCCAACACCACAGAUUGUUGAAAAGGUCCCUGAACCAAGCGUCGCCAAGCCAGAGGAGAACCUGGUUGUGGACACGGGCUCCGUCGAGGAGUCUGCUGUCCCUGCAGAAGUGGAGAAAAUGGAUGAGACCCUUGGUGUUCCAAUGAAUGCAGAGGCAACAGAAGCCAGUGAGAAACCAGUAGAGGUGACGGAAGAGGAGGAGAAGGUUCCAGAAAUAACAGAAGUUUCCCCAACAGAAGCCAGUGAGAAACCAGUAGAGGUGACGGAGGAGAAGGUUCCAGAAAUAACAGAGGUUUCCCCAACAGAACCCAGUGAGAUAGCUUCUUCAGACCCAGCUGAGAAACCAGCAGAGCCCCAACCAGAAGGAACCGUUUCCAAUGCUGAAGUCACCAUAGGGGACAAGGAGAUGGAGCAACUGGCCAUAUCCAAUCAAGAUGAAAAGGAAGUGGACACAGCUGAGGUCCAGACGAACGAGAUCACUGCAGAAGGGUCAGAGGCCAAGGAAGAGCCAACAGAAGGCAAGAUGGAAGUUGAGGAAGAACCAGCCAACGAGGAUCCUAGCAGGGAAGCAAAGGUUACCGUGACAACCCCAGAGGAGACUAAGGUGGACGACAAACUCACACCUGCAUCUUCAGCGGUCUGGAAAAAGGAGGAAGGAGAGAAAGAGAGAGUGGAGUAUAAGCCAACUGCGGAGACAGGGACUCCAGUGAAGUCUAAGGAUGAGAAGGAGAGGGAUUCGGACUCUGGGAGUAGUUCUGCUGCAGAUAACGGCAGCAUAGACAUGAACCUGUCCAUCUCCAGCUUCCUGACCAAAACCAAGGAGCCAGGACCCCCCUCCAUACAGGACACCAAGCGCCAGAAGAAGACACUGAAGAAGACCCGUAGGUUCGUGGUGGAUGGAGUCGAGGUUAGCGUGACGACGUCGAAGAUCAUCACCGACAAUGACACCAAGAACGAGGAGAUGAGGUUCCUCAGGCGUCAGGAGCUGAGGGAGCUGCGUCUCCUGCAGAAAGAGGAACAGAGGGCCCAGCAGCAGCUCAGCAAUAAACUGCAGCAGCAGAAAGAGCAGAUCUGCCGCCGUUUCGAACAGGAGACGACCAGUAAGAAGCGCCACUACGACCAGGAAGUGGAGAACCUGGAGAGACAGCAGAAGCAGACCAUCGAGAGGCUGGAGCAGGAGCACACCAACCGGCUGAGGGACGAGGCCAAGCGCAUCAAGGCCGAGCAGGACAAGGAGCUGUCCAAGUUCCAGAACAUGCUCAAGAACCGCAAGAAAGAGUUCAAACAGGAAAUGCGACUCACGCCCCGGCACAGGAGAAACGCUGUGGUGAAACGGGGGAAAAAGGACAUAAUCACAACUCCACGUGAAGAGGGAGUGGCCCAGGGUAUGAUUCUAUCUUUUCAGUUGUCCUCCUGCACUCUCUUCAACGCCCCCAUGCAGGAUGAGCAGGAGUUCCUGCAGAAACAGCAGCAGGAGCUGGACUGUGCCCUGAAGAAGAUCAUCCAGCAACACAAACACGAGCUGGCCACCAUCGAGAGAGACUGUCUCAACCACAAACAACAGCUCCUCAGAGCACGGGAAGCAGCAAUGUGGGAGCUGGAAGAGCGUCACCUACAGGAGAAACACCAGUUGUUUAAACAACAGCUGAAAGACCAGUACUUCAUGCAGAGACACCAGCUGCUCAAGAGACACGAGAAGGAGAUGGAGCAGAUGCAGCGCUACAACCAGCGUCUGAUUGAGGAGAUGAAGAACAGGCAGACACAGGAGAGGGCCCGCUUACCCAAGAUCCAGCGCAGCGAGGCCAAGACACGCAUGGCCAUGUUCAAGAAGAGCCUCCGAAUCACUGGAGGCCCCAUCACACCCGAGCAGGAGAGGGAGAAGGUCAAACAGUUUGCAGCCCAGGAGGAGAAGAGGCAGAAGAAUGAGAGGCUCCACCAGCAUCAGAAACAUGAGAACCAGAUGAGAGACCUGCAACUGCAGUGUGACGCCAACAUCCGGGAGCUGCAGCAGUUACAGAACGAGAAGUGCCACAUCCUGAUAGAGCACGAGACCCAGAAACUGAAGGAGCUGGAUGAGGAGCACAGCCAGGAGCUGAAGGAGUGGAGGGAGAAACUACGACCCAGGAAGAAGGCUCUGGAGGAAGAGUUUGCCAGGAAGCUUCAGGAGCAGGAGAUCUUCUUUAAGAUGAGUGGAGAGUCAGAGUGCCUUAACCCCUCAGCCCAGAGCCGCAUCUCCAAGUUCUACCCCAUCCCCAGUGUCCACUCCACUGGCUUCUAGGGGUUAACCCAUUCAUGGCACUCCGGAUGGACAUGAACAUAUAUCCACACCCACAUAUUGAAGGCAUACACAAUGAAUAGAUACACACACACAUACAAAUAGACUGGCGCGCGCACACACACACACACACACACACACACCCACACACAGACUAAUAAGACUGAGCCUCUGCUGCCUUGCCCCGUCUCCACUGAUGACAAUCAGGGGGACGAAGGGGCGAUAUCUCAGAGGGGUGUGUUUGUACCCCUCUAUCGGCUUCUGAACGAGGAUGGGACAGUAGCCCUCAAGCUACAGACGGUGUUAAUCAUGAAGACCCUUUUAAUGGUGAUCUGUUAUACAUAAUUUACCCCUUUUUCAUUGUAUAGGGCAGGGUCGUGUUCAGUCGGGCACACCGUAGCAAGAGUUUGAAUUUGUGUUCUUAUUGUAGAAGUAGUACCUCCCCGUUUCACUCCAUUUCAAAUAAUUUUCCACUGACUGAACAAAACCCAGUUUUAUUUCUUAUAGCUUCCUCUUUUGAAAUAAGUUAUGAAGGAGAUUCUUGACAUUAUGCAUUUUCAAAUUUGAUACUUUGGCACUGUGUUUCUCAAAUCUUAGCCUCCCAAGUCACUAAAGUGUCUCAAGGCAGAUUCUAUUUUUUUUUAUUGCUGAUUCCUUUUCAUUUGUGAACUUUUUUUUUUCUUCCUUGAAGAAUCUAGUGCCUGUAUACUUUUAUUUCAAUGGACUGGCUUUUCAAAUGUAAGCUUCCUCUGGGGAAAAAAAAAAAAACUAUUGCUGCUCGAUUUUUAUCCCAUUAGUUAUUUGCACUAAAUCAGGGCUGCCCAACCCUCUUCCUGAUUCAGCUUGUUAGGGUCUUGUUGAGCAGCUAAUUAGUAGAAUCAGGUGUGUUAAAUUAGGGUUGGACUGAAAACCCACAGGACGGUAGAUCUCCAGGAAGAGGGUUGGACAGACCUGCACUAAAUAAAAAGGAUGAAGAAACAUUUUGUACCAGAAGUCUAAUAUAAUGAACUUAUAUAUUCAAUAUCUUUGGUGAUGUUUGAGAGAGCUAAUGAUCUGAUAAGAAUGUACUUUUGGUAAAGGAUGAAAAGCACAUUUUUUUAUAAUGAAUCUUGACAAAGGCAUGAUAUAUUUUAUAUGCAAUCACACAUAUCUUGACAAGAUAUUGAAUUUAGUUUCCAAUUGACUAGGGAGUGACUGCCUGAAGUUGUGCAUGAAUUUCAAUGCAAGUUGGACUUCUUAUGUUAUAAUUAUGGUAUCAAAUGCUAUUUUUUGGAGCUUAUUAACAACAGUUUGGGAUUUAUAUUUUUCUGUCGGAAAUGGUUCCUUUCUUCUAGCCUGGAAUCCAAACUGAAUCACUACUUUCACUGUUGUUUUACUUGAACAUUUGUGAAACGCUUGAGAUUCCCAGGCUAGUAUCUUUCUUCAGGUUUCAUGAGCAUGCCUUUCAUCUUCAGCACAACUCUUGAGAUUUGUUUCUCUCUUUUUGUAAUUUGGCGUAGUCGGCGAGUGGCCAUUUUGUUUUAGCAUACCAAGGAGGGGCUAUUAAAAUGGGGUUUGUUUAUAUAUCCAGACAGAGACACGGUUUUCACUGUGGUUGCUCAAAUGGCGGCGUUAUAUAAUUCGAUAGAAAUCUGUGAGGACCUAUAGUCUGUUUUGUUAGAAUUUCAUGCAAAUGUUUGGUAUGUCUGUGUAUUGUUUAUGAAAUUGCCUCCCAUUACCAUAUUCUGUUGGACCUGCAUGGCUUUUGGGUUUGUUUUGUAAGGAAACUAUGAUACUGUUUUAUUAUCAUUCAUACUAGCUAAUAGCCUUAAUGUUUUCAACAAAAUGUAUGAAGAUACGGUAUUCAUGUUGUGGCCCUCUGUGUAGUUAUUUUAAUCAGACUUAGUUCAAGUAGCGCCCCAAGUGAUCUUUAUAUUCGUAUAGCCUACUGUAUCAUAGUCAAAUGUUUUGUCCGUUACUUAUUUAAUCUAAGGAUAAUGAAUAUGACGUUAUCAUGAGUUGAACAGUUUUGAUAACAUUUUCCGAACUAUAGUUUUAGCUUAUUUUAUGAUAGAUUUGCAUGAUCUUCUCUAAAGUGGUGGUAGCCUAUAACCUUCAAUACAGUUGAAAAUAAUUUGUUAAGGAACUGUUGGACCUGACUGGUUUAGGCCAUCAUGGCUUCUGAUUGGUCCAUGUGUUAUCUCACCCUUUUUUGAUUGGCUGCAGGAACAACAAUCAGUCGAUGCCAUUUUAUAAUUGGUCUGUAAUAGUGGCAAACAACAACAAAACAUCAUACACAAUGAAGGAGUGCUGUGCACCUUACACAAAAUGAAGAUACUCUGCCAGUAGUUAUUUAUGUGGAAAUGUAUCUUUACGCUACAGUAUUGUAGUUUCCUCAAUUGUCAAAUAGUUAAAUUCUAAUCUGAAAUUUAAACUGAAUUGAAAAUAUAAUUAAAUACCAAUCAUGUCAAUAUGUGUUGUUAUUAGUGUCAUGAUUUCCUUCUGAUUUUCAAAUUGUAUCAUGAUUGAUUUCAGAAUGUUGUUUGAAAUUGAACUACCAUUAAAAAAAAUGUACUU